AAUUCAUACUUGACAUCUACUCCUAUUCCAGCAGUGCCAUGAAUCCAUCAGGCAUAAUCGUGUUUGCGAGUGUUCUAUGUCUCACAUACGGUUAUUACAUCGAGCUGCGAAAUGACAGAGAUGUGUGUGCCGGCGCCCCAACAUGCCCUCCCCCACCCUCUCACGAUUGUACCACGAGCUACCAGCACAAGUACGUGAAUGGCGUCAGGUGCGACUGGGGCUGCAAGCACUGGUGCUGCUCGGACGUGCAUACGCUGCAGGCCACGUGCCCGGAAACGAGCCCUAGCAAUCCUUAUUGCGUCAGUACCCACAUCGUACGCUACACGAUCAACGGUCGCGAGUGCCCCGUCUACUGCGGCUGCAUCCCCGACUGUAGAGUCCUCACUUGUUAAAUAGUGGCGGGAUUAGGUCAAACGGUGUAUUUCUUACUUAUACGACAUUUUUAUCACAAUACUAUGCGUGUUUAAAAUCGUAUUAUUGAGUAUAGAAUAAAUAUGGAACACAAGAA